CGCUGGCGCGCGGCAAGGCGCAGAGGCUGAGCUCCGGGACGGCGAGCGGAUCGGCCGCGGCUCCCAGGCGGCUGGCUUGCACGGUAAGCGGAGGCAGCUGAAGCCAGGCCUUGGUUAUGCCAAGUUCCCUCUGCUCUGCAUGCUCACAGCUUCUCCACUCACUCCACCCAGUGACCUGUGCCACCCACUCCCGACCACGUGAGAAGAAGCCAUCUUCACCUGAUCACAGCCAUGAACUUCCUCCGCCGCCGUCUCUCCGACAGCAGCUUUGUGGCCAACCUACCCAACGGCUACAUGACGGACCUCCAGCGCCCAGACAGCUCCAUCAGCUCCCCUGCUUCCCCGGCCACGGAGAGGAGGCACACCCAGCCCCUGGCGGCCUCCUUCUCCUCGCCAGGGUCCAGCCUCUUUAGCUCCUUCUCCAGUGCCAUGAAGCAGCCCCCUCAGGCCCCCUCAGGGUUCAUGGAGCCCCCAGUUCCCCCCACACCUGUUGUUCAGAGACCACGGGUGCUGUUGGUGAUUGACGAUGCUCAUACCGACUGGUCUAAGUAUUUCCACGGGAAGAAGGUGAAUGGAGAGAUUGAGAUCCGAGUGGAACAGGCUGAAUUCUCUGAGCUGAACCUUGCCGCCUAUGUGACCGGGGGCUGUGUGGUGGACAUGCAAGUCGUCAGAAAUGGGACCAAAGUUGUGAGAUCCUUCAAGCCAGAUUUUAUCCUGGUCCGCCAGCAUGCCUACAGCAUGGCUCUAGGUGAAGAUUACCGCAGCCUGGUCAUCGGCCUGCAGUAUGGAGGGCUGCCUGCCGUCAACUCCCUCUACUCCGUCUACAACUUCUGCAGCAAGCCCUGGGUGUUCUCUCAGCUCAUUAAGAUCUUUCACUCCCUGGGCCCUGAGAAGUUCCCGCUGGUGGAGCAAACAUUUUUCCCCAAUCAUAAGCCAAUGCUCACAGCCCCGCACUUCCCUGUGGUGGUCAAGUUGGGACAUGCCCACGCCGGUAUGGGAAAGAUCAAAGUGGAAAACCAACAUGACUACCAAGACAUCACCAGUGUGGUGGCCAUGGCCAAGACCUAUGCCACCACCGAGGCUUUCAUCGACUCCAAGUACGACAUCCGGAUCCAGAAGAUCGGUUCCAACUACAAGGCUUACAUGAGAACCUCCAUCUCUGGAAACUGGAAGGCCAAUACAGGCUCUGCCAUGCUGGAGCAGGUGGCCAUGACCGAGAGGUACCGGCUGUGGGUGGACAGCUGCUCAGAAAUGUUCGGCGGCCUGGACAUCUGCGCCGUCAAGGCGGUCCACAGCAAGGAUGGCCGAGAUUACAUCAUCGAGGUGAUGGACAGUUCCAUGCCCCUGAUUGGAGAGCACGUGGAAGAGGACAAACAGCUGAUGGCCGACCUUGUCAUCUCCAAAAUGAGCCACCUGCUGGCGCCAGGGGCCACGGUGCCCUCACCCCUGAGACCCUGGGCUCCACAGAUUAAGCCUGUGAAAUCCCCUGGACAGGCCCAGCUGGGCCCUCAGCUAGGACAGCCCCAGCCCCGGCCACCUCCACAAGGGAGCCCUCGCCAAGCUCAGUCUCCUCAACCCCCGAGGUCCAGAAGCCCCUCCCAGCAGAGGCUUUCCCCACAAGGCCAGCAGCCACUGAGUCCCCAAUCCGGCUCACCACAGCAGCAGAGGUCACCAGGCUCCCCACAGCUAGCCCGAGCGUCAGGAGGUGGCUCCCCAAACCAGGCGGCCAAGCCGGGCUCAACCCUCCCCUCGUUGCCCCGGCCCCCGGCGCAGGGCCGCAGCACCUCCCAGCAGGGCGAGGAGCCCAAGAAGGCAGCACAGCCCCAUCCUCACCUCAACAAAUCUCAGUCCCUGACCAACAGCCUCAGUACCUCGGACACCUCGCAGCGCGGGCCUCCCAGUGAAGACGAGGCCAAGGCCGAGACUAUCCGCAACUUGAGAAAAUCGUUCGCCAGCCUGUUCUCUGACUAAGCCAGUCAGGUCAGGGGUGGGGUCAGGGGAGGGCCACAGGGCUCCAGUGCACCUUCCUCUCCUGCCUCGUCCUGCUCCCUAGGCCGCUGCUUCCAGAACGGGGGCUCAGAACACACUUGCUAAAUGCCUUUGACCCAGGAACUGAUUCGUUACCAUUUCUCUUGACCUUGACCAUUUCAUUCCAGUGGCACUGUCUGAGCCUCCAGGUUUCUUGGGACAGCCUCCAUCAGAGGCAUCCCAUGGCUCUGCCCACGCUCAUGCUAGCCCCCCUGCCUCAGAUCACCAAGCGAGACAUCUGUGUGUAGCUGGCUGCCACAUUUCUGGCUAGGAUUUUGCUUCCCUUUGGGUGCGAGCCCAACUCAGACUUUGCCCUACCUGCCUCAUACACAGGUACUUGUGGCCAGACCUCAGCGACAGAGGAGGCAAUAAUCUUGUCACAGUGUUUCACACACGAAAAGAGACAAGCCCGGCUAGAGAACCUUCCCCUGCUCUCCCCUCUUCUGUUCUUGCUAGACUUCCCCUCGGAGCAGGCAGGAAAAGCCCCAUCACAGCCAGCUCCCAGUGGGAAUCUUGGGACAACAGGAGUCCUUUGUAGUGGGUAGGGCCUUUCAGGACACAACCCAAACAGAGAGCGGAUCCACCUUGGAGAGGCCACUCACCCAGGGCAUUAUUGUCACUGGACAGCAGCCAGCAGGCCCCAGGUUCUGGUGGGGAUCACGACUGGUUCCCAAAAGGACAAGGGGCCCAGAACUUCCCGUGGAAAGGGUUAGGUUAGGGCUCCUGUGCACAUUCUGUGUGACAUCACUGCUUGGUCCCUCUGGCCUGCCACAUAGAGUGUCUCCUCUGCAGGUGCAUGUCAGGAAUCGGCAUGAAUCAAGGGGUCAGUGGCCAGGGGUUAGAAAGUGCGACGAUAACCAUCGGGUUCCAUGUUUUGCAGACUGUACAGUGAGGCACAGGUCAAGGAUGCCUGGAAGCAUGAGGCCUAUGUCUUUUGGGACAUAUGCAGUGCAUGACACAGGAACUAGGGCUUUGCAGUUUGUGUAGGAAAGAACUCAGUUUUGACUUUAUUUCAUCCAAACUUAUCUGAUGAAACAAGUGAACUGCAGAACUGGAAACUGAUUUUGACUCCCUUCCCAGGACUCUCCCCCUUACAAGGCAGAGAGCAUCCCACAUAGAGCAUCCCAAAUCACCAAGCACCAGGUGCUAGGAGCAUCAUAGGUGCCAACAGCAUCCUCCUGGUCCUGAAAGAUGCCAGGGCAUCAGUAACAGCCAUGUGACUCAGCCUCUGUUUGCCACCUGGGGAAGUCAUCCCCUCACUCAUCACAGAGCCCUUUCUAAUCAAACCCAGGAGAUGCUGAUUGCUUGGUAACCAGCUGAGACCUGCCCAGGUUCCUGAAGCAUAGACAGCCACCACUACCUGCUUGGUUCUCCAAUCCCAGAAACCCUCUCCUGCUGAGUGAUUUAGGUCACUUUGACCUUAGAAGAACCCAGUUGCCAGCUAGUUUCUAACCAUUGGCUAGAGCCUGGCUCAGGACUCAGAGCGAUAGGUUAGCACCUGCCCACGCGGCUGUCAGAGAUCCACUUGGCCCUCAGAGUGUCACUCUCUCUCGCCCUCUGCCCUCUGUCAUGAUCAGGCCUCGAGAAGUUAAGGGUCACUAGUGUAAGUUAUCCCUGGAGGUGCAGGAUUGGGGUGUGGAGAGACCAGAGCACUUGUCUGGUG